AUGUCCGACGCAGAGCCCGAUUACAAGGCACUUUACUUCGCGGAGCUUCGUAGAAGCCAAGCCCUGUCGUUUGUCAUUCGUGAUGGGUGGCAACACAGCAUAGUUCUUCCUUCCAACGCCGAAACACAGGCGAUGCUUCAACGGUUCAUUGUGGAUGGUGAAGCGAAGAUGUAUGAAGCAAAGAAGCAACUUGCUUUUCUCAAUGCUCGUGAUUUCACUGUAAUGGCUACAUACAAGAACCUGUUUGCUACAAUCAAUGCCGAGCCGUUCUGGACGCUCAAAGCCCUCAAAGUUGCAAUCGCCUCGGCAUUCGGUAUCGGGUGGCACGUCUUCUACAUCUUUGAAGGCAUCGGUGAGAUGGAAAACAACUCCAAAAGGCUUUCAACAUUGAUUCCGAGAAAGGGUUGCGUCGUCCAUUUGUUGGAUCAGGGCGAUAGAUACCAACCUGCCGCGCCUCAGCCGACUUUUGAUGACCUUUCCUAUCCUGAGGCAUCUCGCCUGCGAGGUCUGCGCGUAGAGCGGAACAUUGAAUCGUAUAUGCGGUCUAGUGCGCCUGUUGCCCCGAAGUCAAAAGCCAAAGCGAAGGCUGUGGUUGCUCCUGCCGAAGGCAACUAG